UCUAAAAAUGUCCGCCAUUGGCGAAAAUUAAAACGUUUUACCAGAGUGGCUACGCUUGUGAAAAUUAGAAAUUUUUAAAUGCAAUUUAAUUCAUCAAAAGUGUAAUAAAAACAAUAAAUAAGAGAAACAAAACGAUCCGGUUAUAAAAGACAUCUUAAUUCACAAUGGCGAUUCCGCCUUACAUGCUUCCCCCGGCGCCGUGGGCUGCCCAAAUUAUGGCCCACCAGCAGGCUUGUGCCGCUGCUCAGGCCCAACAGCAGGCGCAACUGCACGCCCACCAGAUGGCCAACCAAAUCCAGCAAAUUCCUCCCCCGGGAGCACCGUUGCCACCAUCGUCAUCACAACUUGGACACAUUCCAACUCCAAAACCUGAAAUUAUAACGGAAGAGAAGCUCCAAGAAAAAGCUCAAAAAUGGGCACAACUACAGUCGAAGAGAUUUGCUGAGAAGCGCAAAUUCGGGUUUGUUGAUGCUCAAAAAGAGGACAUGCCACCGGAGCAUAUUCGGAAGAUUAUUCGCGACCAUGGGGAUAUGACAAGUCGCAAGUACCGACACGACAAGCGUGUUUAUUUGGGAGCUUUGAAGUACAUGCCGCAUGCUGUUCUUAAGCUGCUCGAGAACAUGCCCAUGCCAUGGGAACAAAUUCGAGAUGUUCAAGUCUUGUAUCACAUAACUGGUGCUAUAACCUUCGUAAAUGAGAUCCCGUGGGUUGUGGAACCAGUUUAUAUCGCGCAGUGGGGGACAAUGUGGAUUAUGAUGCGUCGAGAGAAACGUGAUCGUCGUCACUUCAAACGCAUGCGCUUCCCUCCAUUUGACGAUGAAGAACCUCCACUAGAUUAUGCGGAUAACGUUCUGGAUGUGGAACCACUUGAAGCAAUUCAAAUUGAUUUGGAUUCAGAUGAAGAUGGCAGUGUUCAUAAGUGGUUCUAUGAACAUAGGCCAUUAGUUGGAACACCUUAUGUAAAUGGGUCAACGUAUCGCAAAUGGAAUUUAACACUUCCGCAAUUGGCAACACUGUAUCGUUUAGCCAAUCAACUCCUUACCGAUUUAGUGGACAAUAACUUUUUCUAUUUAUUCGAUCCGAAAAGUUUCUUUACUGCUAAGGCUUUAAAUAUGGCUAUUCCUGGUGGACCUAAAUUUGAACCGCUUAUUAAGGAUCAUAAUGUUGGAGAUGAAGAUUGGAACGAAUUUAAUGACAUAAACAAAGUAAUCAUCAGACAGCCAAUCCGUACAGAGUACAGAAUAGCUUUUCCUUAUCUGUACAACAAUAUGCCACACUUUGUCCAUUUAUCAUGGUAUCAUACUCCUAAUGUGGUAUAUAUCAAAACUGAAGAUCCUGAUUUGCCUGCUUUUUACUUUGACCCCCUUAUCAAUCCCAUAUCGCAUCGACAUUCUGUGAAGAUUCCUGAACCGAUGCCAGAUGAUGACGAAGACUUCAGUUUGCCAGACGAUGUGCAACCAUUUUUACAAGAUACUCCGUUGUACACUGACAACACAGCCAAUGGAAUAUCUCUUCUUUGGGCACCACGGCCGUUUAAUUUACGCUCAGGACGUUCUCGUCGAGCUAUAGAUAUACCUUUGGUUAAGGCUUGGUACAAGGAACAUUGUCCGCCAGGACAUCCAGUUAAGGUGCGUGUCAGCUAUCAAAAAUUGCUCAAGUAUUAUGUUCUGAAUGCCCUCAAACAUAGGAAACCAAAACCACAAAAGAAGAGAUAUUUGUUCCGAUCGUUUAAGGCAACCAAGUUCUUCCAAACAACCACACUUGACUGGGUUGAAGCAGGUCUGCAAGUUUGUCGACAGGGCUACAACAUGUUAAAUCUUCUCAUCCACCGAAAGAAUUUGAACUAUCUUCAUUUGGAUUACAAUUUCAACUUGAAGCCUGUUAAAACUCUCACAACAAAGGAAAGAAAGAAGUCUCGUUUCGGAAAUGCUUUCCAUUUGUGUCGUGAAAUUUUGCGUCUAACGAAGUUGAUUAUCGAUUCACAUGUUCAAUAUCGUCUUAACAAUGUGGAUGCUUUCCAAUUGGCCGAUGGUCUUCAGUACAUCUUUGCCCAUGUGGGACAACUUACAGGAAUGUAUCGAUACAAGUACAAACUUAUGAGACAAAUUCGAAUGUGCAAAGAUUUGAAGCAUCUCAUUUACUAUCGAUUCAAUACAGGACCAGUUGGAAAAGGACCUGGUUGUGGGUUCUGGGCACCUGGCUGGCGAGUGUGGCUCUUCUUCAUGAGAGGAAUUACACCGCUCUUGGAACGAUGGCUGGGAAAUUUGCUUUCUCGUCAAUUUGAAGGUCGUCAUUCGAAGGGAGUGGCUAAGACCGUUACAAAGCAACGUGUGGAGUCUCACUUCGAUUUGGAAUUGCGUGCAUCGGUUAUGCAUGACAUUGUUGAUAUGAUGCCGGAAGGUAUUAAACAAAACAAAGCUCGAACCAUUCUGCAGCAUCUAUCGGAGGCUUGGCGUUGUUGGAAAGCCAACAUCCCAUGGAAAGUACCUGGGCUGCCGAUUCCCAUUGAAAAUAUGAUUCUUCGUUACGUUAAAAUGAAGGCUGAUUGGUGGACAAACACGGCCCAUUACAAUCGAGAGAGAAUUCGUCGUGGAGCAACAGUCGAUAAGACUGUGUGCAAAAAGAAUUUGGGCCGAUUGACCCGUUUGUAUUUGAAAGCAGAACAAGAACGUCAGCACAAUUACUUGAAGGAUGGUCCUUACAUCUCACCCGAAGAAGCUGUUGCUAUUUACACUACAACCGUGCAUUGGUUGGAAUCAAGGCGAUUUGCACCAAUACCUUUUCCUCCGCUAUCCUACAAGCAUGACACAAAGCUACUCAUCUUGGCUUUGGAACGAUUAAAAGAAGCAUACAGUGUAAAAUCCAGAUUGAAUCAAAGUCAACGUGAGGAGUUGGGAUUGAUAGAACAGGCUUAUGAUAAUCCCCAUGAAGCUUUGUCUCGUAUCAAGCGUCAUUUGCUAACACAACGUGCUUUCAAAGAGGUUGGAAUAGAAUUUAUGGAUCUGUACAGUCAUUUGAUUCCUGUCUAUGAUGUUGAACCAUUGGAGAAAAUUACCGAUGCAUACCUCGAUCAAUAUUUGUGGUAUGAAGCAGACAAGAGACGUCUGUUUCCACCAUGGAUCAAACCUAGUGACACAGAACCACCGCCACUUUUGGUCUACAAGUGGUGUCAAGGUAUCAAUAACUUGCAAGACGUCUGGGAUGUAGCUGAAGGCGAAUGCAACGUCCUGCUCGAAUCUCGAUUUGAGAAACUUUAUGAAAAAAUUGAUUUAACAUUGCUCAAUCGUUUGCUUCGCCUCAUUGUCGAUCACAACAUUGCCGAUUACAUGACAGCCAAAAAUAACGUUGUAAUAAAUUACAAAGACAUGAACCACACCAACAGUUAUGGAAUUAUUCGUGGUCUACAAUUUGCCUCGUUCAUCACUCAAUACUACGGAUUGGUUUUAGAUCUACUCGUUCUUGGUCUGCAUCGAGCUAGCGAAAUGGCCGGUCCACCACAAAUGCCAAACGAUUUCCUCACCUUCCAAGAUACUCCUACUGAAACUGCGCAUCCUAUUCGACUGUAUUGCAGAUAUGUUGAUAGAAUCCACUUGUUCUUCAGAUUCUCAGCAGAAGAUGCAAGAGAUCUAAUCCAGAGAUACCUCACUGAGCAUCCUGAUCCAAAUAAUGAAAACAUUGUCGGCUAUAACAAUAAAAAAUGUUGGCCACGAGAUGCGAGAAUGAGACUUAUGAAACAUGAUGUUAAUUUAGGAAGAGCUGUGUUUUGGGAUAUUAAAAAUCGACUGCCGCGUUCGGUGACCACGAUCAAUUGGGAAUGUACAUUUGUUUCGGUAUAUUCUAAGGACAAUCCUAAUUUGUUGUUCAAUAUGAGCGGCUUUGAGUGCAGGAUUUUGCCAAAGUGUCGGACGCAGCAUGAAGAAUUCACCCAUCGUGAUGGGGUUUGGAAUCUCCAGAAUGAGGUUACAAAGGAACGAACAGCGCAGUGUUUCUUGCGUGUCGACGAUGAGUCAUUGGGUCGAUUCCACAACCGAGUGAGGCAAAUUCUAAUGGCAUCUGGAUCCACUACAUUUACUAAGAUUGUAAACAAAUGGAACACAGCAUUAAUUGGUUUGAUGACCUAUUUCCGAGAAGCUGUUGUCAACACCCAAGAAUUACUCGACUUGUUGGUGAAGUGUGAAAAUAAGAUACAAACUCGUAUAAAGAUUGGUUUGAAUUCCAAAAUGCCUUCGCGUUUCCCACCGGUAGUGUUCUAUACGCCGAAGGAAUUGGGAGGUUUGGGAAUGUUAAGUAUGGGUCACGUGCUCAUUCCUCAAUCUGACUUAAGGUGGUCCAAACAAACUGACGUUGGUAUCACACAUUUCCGAUCAGGUAUGUCUCAUGAUGAGGAUCAAUUGAUUCCUAAUCUUUACCGAUACAUUCAACCCUGGGAAAGUGAAUUCAUCGAUUCGCAGCGUGUGUGGGCUGAGUAUGCCCUUAAGAGGCAGGAAGCAAAUGCUCAAAAUCGUCGUUUAACUCUUGAAGAUUUGGAAGACAGUUGGGAUCGUGGUAUUCCUCGAAUCAAUACUCUCUUCCAGAAAGAUCGACACACCCUGGCCUAUGAUAAGGGUUGGCGUAUCCGGACGGAAUUCAAACAAUAUCAAGUUCUGAAACAAAAUCCCUUCUGGUGGACUCAUCAACGACACGAUGGUAAGCUGUGGAAUCUUAACAACUACAGAACGGACAUGAUUCAGGCGCUGGGUGGUGUUGAAGGAAUCUUGGAACACACACUUUUCAAGGGUACUUACUUCCCCACGUGGGAGGGUCUUUUCUGGGAGAAGGCAUCUGGUUUCGAAGAGUCAAUGAAGUAUAAGAAGCUGACAAAUGCACAGCGUUCCGGUUUGAAUCAGAUUCCCAAUCGUCGAUUCACACUGUGGUGGUCUCCAACCAUUAAUCGUGCUAACGUGUACGUCGGUUUCCAGGUGCAACUCGAUUUAACGGGUAUUUUCAUGCACGGUAAGAUUCCCACACUGAAAAUUUCACUGAUUCAGAUUUUCCGUGCCCAUUUGUGGCAGAAAAUUCACGAAUCUAUUGUCAUGGAUCUUUGUCAAGUAUUCGAUCAAGAGUUGGAUGCGCUUGAGAUCGAAACUGUUCAGAAAGAGACCAUUCAUCCACGUAAGUCCUACAAAAUGAACUCUUCGUGUGCAGAUAUUCUGCUUUUCCCUGCAUAUAAAUGGAAUGUUUCAAGACCGUCGUUGUUAGCGGAUACCAAAGAUACCAUGGACAACACAACCACGCAGAAAUACUGGUUGGAUAUCCAGUUGAGAUGGGGUGACUAUGACUCCCAUGAUGUUGAGCGUUAUGCUCGAGCCAAGUUCCUCGAUUAUACGACCGAUAACAUGUCCAUAUAUCCCUCGCCAACGGGUGUCCUAAUUGCCAUCGACUUGGCGUAUAAUUUGCAUUCAGCCUAUGGAAAUUGGUUCCCUGGAUGUAAGACUCUCAUCCAACAGGCAAUGGCGAAGAUAAUGAAGGCAAACCCGGCUUUGUAUGUGUUGAGAGAGCGUAUCAGGAAGGCAUUGCAAUUAUACAGUUCCGAGCCAACGGAACCUUAUCUAUCGUCACAGAACUACGGAGAACUGUUCUCGAAUCAAAUCAUUUGGUUUGUGGACGACACAAAUGUGUAUCGAGUAACAAUUCACAAGACAUUUGAAGGCAAUUUGACAACAAAGCCAAUCAACGGUGCGAUUUUCAUCUUCAAUCCACGAACUGGUCAGCUUUUCUUGAAGAUCAUUCACACAUCAGUGUGGGCUGGACAGAAACGUUUAGGUCAGUUGGCCAAGUGGAAGACUGCUGAAGAAGUAGCGGCGUUGAUUCGUUCCUUGCCAGUGGAGGAACAACCCAAACAGAUUAUUGUAACCAGGAAGGGAAUGUUGGAUCCUUUGGAAGUGCAUUUAUUGGAUUUCCCGAACAUUGUGAUCAAGGGUUCUGAACUGCAGUUGCCCUUCCAGGCGUGUCUGAAAGUUGAGAAGUUUGGUGAUUUGAUAUUGAAGGCAACUGAACCACAAAUGGUGUUGUUCAAUCUUUACGAUGAUUGGUUGAAGACAAUUUCAUCGUACACGGCUUUCAGUCGAUUGAUUUUGAUCCUCCGAGCACUCCACGUUAACACCGAACGAACAAAGAUUAUUCUUAAGCCAGACAAAACAACGAUCACAGAGGCUCAUCACAUUUGGCCAACUUUAACCGACGAAGAAUGGAUAAAGGUUGAAGUACAGCUGAAGGAUCUGAUUUUGGCCGAUUACGGUAAGAAGAACAACGUUAACGUGGCCUCACUGACGCAGUCGGAAAUUCGUGACAUCAUCCUGGGUAUGGAGAUAUCAGCACCAUCGGCGCAACGUCAACAAAUUGCCGAAAUUGAGAAGCAGACAAAGGAACAGAACCAACUGACAGCCACAACAACGAGAACAACGAACAAACAUGGUGACGAGAUUAUUACAUCCACGACGUCCAACUACGAGACGCAGACCUUUAGUUCCAAGACUGAAUGGCGUGUGCGUGCGAUAUCAGCAACAAAUCUCCACCUUCGAACCAAUCAUAUCUACGUUAGCUCUGACGACAUCAAGGAAACUGGCUACACAUAUAUUCUGCCUAAGAAUAUUCUGAAGAAGUUUGUGACUAUUUCCGAUUUGAGAGCACAAAUAUCGGGAUACCUCUAUGGAGUCUCGCCUCAGGACAAUCCUCAGGUUAAGGAAAUUCGUUGCAUUGUAAUGCCACCACAAUGGGGUACUCAUCAGACAAUAAAUCUUCCUAAUGUCCUGCCCACCCAUCAAUAUUUGAAAGAUAUGGAGCCGCUUGGCUGGAUUCACACUCAACCCAACGAACUGCCCCAACUUUCACCGCAAGAUAUAACAACGCACGCGAAAAUCAUGCAGGACAACAGUUCGUGGGACGGAGAGAAGACUAUCGUGAUAACGUGUUCGUUUACUCCUGGUUCUUGUUCUUUGACCGCCUACAAACUAACACCCUCCGGCUUUGAAUGGGGUUCCAAGAACACCGACAAAGGCAACAACCCCAAGGGAUACUUGCCAUCGCACUACGAAAGAGUACAAAUGUUAUUGUCGAACAAGUUCCUUGGCUUCUUUAUGGUACCUGCACAGGGAAGCUGGAAUUACAAUUUCAUGGGAGUGCGACACGAUGCGAAUAUGAAAUACGAAUUGCAAUUGUCCAAUCCAAAGGAGUUCUAUCACGAAAUUCAUAGGCCGUCACAUUUCUUGUUGUUUGCGAACUUGGAAGAUGGUGGUGAUGGCACGGGCGCCGAUCGGGAGGAUAUGUUUGCGUAGAGGAAUAGUUUUUUGGAUUGUAUGUGCUAAAUAUUAUGUAAUUUAAUUUUUAAUUUAGUUUGUAAGGAGAGUUUAUUUUUUUUAUAAAAUUUAAACAAAACCACAAAUUGUUGAAAUAAGGUUUUUAACGAAUAAAAUAAAAUGAAAAUGACUAUAAACAAAAUUAA